GUCAAUUGUUUGUUUUGUAUUUUCGAAGUGGCUACUUCCUUCCUCUAUUGCUGUGCCAUUCCUAGUGCAAAUUCCAAUAAUUUGCUUCGAAGUGAGACUUACAGUGAUCUGCUUCAGGAGUGUAAUAAAGGAAUCCAACAAUGGAUAUUUACGGGUAUCACGCCUACCAGUAUAACCAGUCAGACGAAUUGGCAAAACAGAUGUUUGCUCAGCAGGCUUUGACGUCGUCUUUACCAUAUAAUCGUGGAAGUGAGCCCCAUUCGAUGCCACCACCUACGGGAACACCGUGGAAUAUGCAAGGGAUUGCAUGGGGCUUACAAUCCCCACCUCAAUUAGUGCAGUUCACAGCUCAUACUUCAGGUGAAAUUAAGAUUUCACCAAUGAUACAUUGCAAGAGAAAAAGUCUUGAUGUGGAACCUGUGAUUCCAGCGAAACAGCUAAUUACUGAAGAAAAAAUGGCAGCACAUCUGAGUGGUUUGCAUAUUUCAUCAGAUUACACUGGUCAUUCUCUUGCUAAUGAGGAAGUUAUGGAUGUUGGAAUGACAGAAGUUCAAACAGCGACUCUGUGUGAUCGAUUAAAAGGACACAAGAUUGUAUUGUCUGAAGAAAUAAAAAAAAUUCAAGAAGAACCACUGUUGCCAGCCGCUCUCAUUGAAAGGCUAGAAAAACCACAAAUGUCUCUUGUUGUAUGGAAGCCCAGGGAGAAUAUUCUGGAAAAAAUUAAAGAAAAUGAAGAGGAGAAGGAACCAAAAACAGAGAAUGGUGAUAUGAAUGAGAUGGAGACAAACAAACAGAGAAAUGGCUUGCUUGUGGCAGUGCAAAGUGGCAUGGACAUAGAAAUGUGAUUUAUGUAAGUGACAAUAAAGUACUGUUGAAGGUAAGAUUUCUGUCAACUGUUACAAAAUAUACAAAUCUAAUAAAAAUAUGGAACUGUUGGUAAUUUAACAUUUUUGUAAUGUGAAUGCACAACAGAGCCCCGAGCAUGAAAUUGAUAGCUCCGUAAUCCUAGCGUAUUGUCAAAGUGUCUAUGAAAUCUAAGCUGCGCCCCUAAUGGAUGUAAGAACAAACUGGUUCCUACCAUAGAAAUAUGACAAUGAUGAUAUGAUAAUGUAGCAAAUUCGUGCUUAGGCAUCAGGACUUUUGCAAAGUGUCACAAACCAAGCUAAAUAUUCCGCUGCAUCAAGAUUCCAGCUUUGUUUAUU